UUGACGGCGACCACCCAACCAGCCACUCAGAGACUUCACGCCGUGAAUUAGCUAGCGGCGGCAGGCGGCAGCUCGAUCGGCAACCACACGCCCCGCGCCCCCCUCUGCUCCUGCCUGCAAGGCUGCAGCCGAGCCCCGUCGAUCGCCCGCCCCCCAACCACAGCGAGAGGAGAAAGGAAGAGUAGAUCAUGCAGGGCGGCGGCGGCGUGAGCUGCGCGGUGGCCGGCGAGGCGCCGACACCGGGGCCCCGGCGCCGGCUGGGCCUGACCAUCGACCCCGCGGGCGACGUGGAGGCCCCCGCGGAGCGCGUCGGGCGGCUGGUCCGCGAGAGCCCUGUGGUGAUCUUCGCCCGGCGCGGGUGCUGCAUGUGCCACGUGAUGCGGCGGCUGCUGGAGGCCGUGGGCGCGCACGCGACGGUGAUCGAGGUGGAGGAGGCCGCCGAGGAGGCCGCGGCGUCGGCGGCCGCCGCGGCCGCCGUGCCGGCUCUGUUCGUGGGCGGCGCGCCCGUGGGCGGGCUCGACGGGCUCAUGGGGCUCCACCUCAGCGGCCUCCUGGUCCCGCGCCUCCGCGAGGUCGGCGCGCUCUGCGGCUAGGGCCCCCGGGCCGGCCGGCCGGGGCCGCGCGCCGCGCGCCGGCCGCCGGCCGACGACCCCCACCCCCGCCGGAGCCGCGGCGGGCGGGUCGCUUCGCUUUGCUCGGGCCUCCCUCUGUAGAUACACGGGUACGCUACGUUACGUAAUUUAGGAGCAAGUCGAGGGGGGCGGAGCAAAAUGGACAGUGACGUAAGACGUCGUCGCGUGCU